UGCCUGUGAAAUUACUCAGUGCCUCUUUGCCUGCCCCUUCCUUGCAGGAUUUGAGUCAACUGCCUGGUCAGGAUGAGCUGGAGUUUCCUGACGCGGCUCCUGGAGGAGAUCAACAACCACUCGACCUUCGUGGGCAAGAUCUGGCUGACCGUCCUCAUCGUCUUCCGCAUCGUGCUGACGGCCGUGGGGGGAGAGUCCAUCUACUACGACGAGCAGAGCAAGUUUGUGUGCAACACGCAGCAGCCGGGCUGUGAGAACGUCUGCUACGACGCCUUCGCGCCCCUGUCCCACGUGCGCUUCUGGAUCUUCCAGAUCAUCAUGGUGGCGACGCCGUCGGUGCUCUACCUGGGCUUUGCCAUGCACCGCAUCGCCCGCAUGCCCGAGGCCUCGCGGCGCCGGCCGCCGGCAGCCCGGCGGGCGCGCAUGCCCGUGGUGCGCCGGGGAGCCGGGCGAGACUACGAGGAGGCGGAAGAUGACAAUGAAGAAGAUCCCAUGAUCUUUGAGGAGAUCGAGGUGGAGAAGGAGAAGAGCCCGGAGGGCGGAGAGAAGCACGACGGCCGGCGCCGUAUCAAGCAGGACGGGCUGAUGCGUGCCUAUGUGCUGCACUUGCUGUGCCGCUCCGUGCUGGAGAUGGUGUUCCUCUUCGGGCAGUACCUGCUGUACCGCUUCGAGGUGAGCCCCUCCUACGUGUGCAGCCGCAGCCCCUGCCCACACACUGUCGACUGCUUUGUCUCCCGCCCCACUGAGAAGACCAUCUUCCUCCUCAUCAUGUACGCCGUCAGCGGGCUCUGCCUCUUCCUCAACCUCUGCGAGCUCUUGCAUCUUGGCGUGGGGCGUAUCCGCGAUGCCCUGAGCCGAGCCGAUGGCCCCCCACUCCCAGCUGGCGACAGCCCUGCACCACAAUACCCCAAGAAAGCCCCCAGCGCCCCCCCCACCUACCACUCCCUGAAGAAGGAGCUGCCGCAAGCCCCGCUGACCAACAGCAAGCUGGACUACCGGGAGAGCCUGGCCCAGGGGCGCUUCGCCCUGGCUGGAGCUCCCCCGGUGCACGAGCUGGACCGGCUGCGUGAGCACCUGCGCCUGGCCCAGGAGCACCUGGAGGUGGCCUUCCACCUGCAGCCCCCGCCACGGCCCCCCAGCCCUGCCCGCAGCAGCAGCCCCGAGGCCAACGGCAUCGCCGCCGAGCAGAACCGCCUCAACCUGGCCCACGAGAAGGGGACCGCCGCCUGCGACAGGACCACGGGGCUGUGAGUGUCACCAGGGACGACAGCGGUGUCUGCCGGAGUGGCUGCCACUGCCACCGUGGGAUAGGCGUCCUGCCAGGAGCACAGGGCAGAGGAUGCCUCACGCCUGCCCAGCCAGGCAGUCUGGACAGCCCUGUCCCGGUGGGCGGCAGAGGGGUCGGGGGCCAUGGGGUUCAUUCCUACUUAAUUUUCAAAAAGGGAAUAUCUUAUUUUUGUACGUUUUUAUAAACUCAUCAACAUGUGCACCCUGGCAUUUUUAUACUCCAUCCCAACCUCCACUCUGGGCCUGUGCCCCCCCAUCUCCUGUUUCACCCACUUUUCCUCCUCCCACACCCAUUUUCCCCAGCAUGUUGUUUUCACACCUCCCUGUGCCCCCCAUGCCCUCUGUCACCCAUGGCAGCACUGGCUGGUGCUGUGCAUGUGCCGGUGAUUUUGGUACGGCUCCCUGACGUGUGGGGGACUUAGGGGAGCAAGCUGGGGGUCUGGCUGGCUGUGCCAAGCUGUGGGACAGAGGGCUGGGCUGGCAUUACUUUUGGAGGCGGUGGGAGAGGUCCUGGUGGCACUGCACUGCCAGAAAGUGACUUUGUACCUUGGGGGGCCGUGCUGCGCAGCAUCCUGGCACGGGGCUGUGAGUUGCGUGGCUGGCCUGCUUGGAAAUGUCUGUGCAGAGGUCAGGGGCUGUUGUUCCCACUGCCUCCGCCCUGUCCU